CGGUGCGCAGCGGCAGUGCGACUGAAAGUGGACUUUUUUUUUUUUUUUUUUUUUUACACGCACACAUUCGUGGGAUAUAUAUAUAUAUAUAUUUUUUUUUAAAUGUGUUUUUGAAGAAAAUAUGAGUCAAGAAAGGAUUUAGCAGUCACCCGGCCGGGACCCACCAGGAGGACGUCCGUUACGCCGGGUUCGGUCCAUGCCAUUCGGGCUGCUGCCGCUGCGACCACCGCCGGUCCGGAGGCAGAAUCGGAACCGUUCGGCGCCGGUUGCGCACGUGCGGAUGCGGAGAGCCGAGUCUAGCAACACGGCUCUUUUCGAAAUGUGACAUUUUCGGUACGACCACGACGCUGACAGCCGCGCCUGCGACCUCCUCACCUUCCCCAUCGCAUCUACCGGCAUCGAGCAAAAAAACAAAAAAGAGAUGGCGUUCCACCUGGUCCUGUUCCUGCUGCUGCUGACCCACCGGACCACGGGCCAAGACUCCGAGGACCCCGAUGCUCUCCCGACGGGCUGCGGUUGGGGCCUGGGACGACCCUACACCCUCCUCUGCGACCUAGACUCCGUAUGGGGUGUCGCCGUCGAGUCUGCGGCGGCGGGCGGCGCGCUGGCGGCAAUCUUGCUGGCCUUGGUCCUGCUCUGCCGCGUGCGUCACAUCAGCGAGGCGGAGAAGCGUAGCGGCGUCGGCCCCAUCCUGUUGCUGCUCCUGGGCGUGGUGGGCUUGUUCGGGCUGAGUUUCGCUUACCUGAUCGAGCAGGACGAGACGCUGUGUCUGCUCCAGAGGGCCCUGUGGGGCCUCCUCUUUGCUCUUUGCUUCUCCUGCUUGCUGGUGCAGGGCGUGCGCCUGCGGAGGGUGGGCCGGGAACGCCGCGGCCCAGGGGGAUGCGCUCUCUCGGGCCUGGCGUUGGGCCUGAGCGCCGUGCAGGGCAUCAUCGCCGCAGAGUGGAUCCUUCUGACCGUGCUGAGGGAGGGUCGCGCCGCCUGCCAGUACCUCCCCAUGGACUUCUCGCUGGCUUGCAGCUACGUGCUAGCCCUCCUGUUAGCCGCCUUGACUGCCGCCGCUCUGGCUCUAUGCGGGAAGAGCCGUCGGUGGCGCUGCAGUGCCGUUUGGCUGCUGGUCACCUGCCUGCUGUCGCUGCUGCUGUGGGCGGCUUGGGUCGGCUUCUAUCUGUACGGAAACUCCUGGCUCGAAAAGUCCCCAGAAUGGAACGACCCGGCGCUGGCCAUCGCAUUAGUCGCCCAGGGAUGGCUCCUGCUCAUCUUCCACGCCAUUCCCGAGUCGCACAUCUGCCUGAAGCCUCCGCCGCAGCCCACCGCCCCGGACUACUUCGACACGUCACAGAACUCCACGCGGCUGAGAGAGACCAGCUUCGAUGAAGACAUCCCGCUCUCUCACAGGCAGUUUGUGGAGAACCAGGGAUACGGAUACAACGACGAAAACACAGCAGGAUUGAGGAGCGCCAGCAGCGCCGGGCAGCACAACAGCAACACGGGCGCCAGGCCCAGCGCUCCCUUCCGCAGUAACGUCUACCAGCCCACCGAAAUGACCAUGAUCCUGAACGGGGGAGCGGUGAGUACAUCCUCCCAGUCGCAGGUGCCCUCUGCCCCGCCUACCUACACGGGAAGGCAGCUGUGGUGAAGCGGGGCAGUCCAAAUCGGGCAUGGCGACGAAGCGGGUGGAAGUUGAGGAGGAGGAGGAGGAUGCAAAACAUGGAUGCCACUUUCACUCUGUACAGACUUUAACACUGACUUGUGUGCCAAUCUAAUAUUGUAUAGCGUUUCCAUGUGUGAGAAAAAGAAGGUAAUGAACGACACAGCUAAACAAAAAAAAAAAAAAAAAGUUUAGCUGUGUCCUCCAUCCUUUCAAAGUUAAUGUGGGAUAUUGUGUGUGUCAAAAAAAAAAAAGAGUGUUAAGUGUGUAUUCCCUACAACGACCCCUCCCUCUUCAGACUCUUCUCCCAUUGGUUUCAUCCCUCUACCACUACAGUAUAAGACCACACAUUUGCAUGGACGCACAGAGUGACAGCACCUGCACAGAAGGAUGGGAAGCUCCUGCAGCGAUGAAGAUGAUGGUUCAUGAAUAUAGGUCCAACUCCAAUGGCAGGAGAAACCAUCACAGGAAUGGAAUGGAGCGAAGACCACGUCCUAGGAACAAGAGAGAUAUGUUAAAAAAAAAAGCAAGACGGACUAUUUUUAGAAGUGUGAGAUAUCUGAGGGUCUGAGACACAGAUCACAUUCACAGGGCAAGGCUGUAAAAUAAGCUGAAAGAAGAGGAGGAGGAGGGGGAAUCUUCAUGUUGUGGGUGUCUUUAGUUAGUUGGCACUACUUCCGCCUCCUCCUUCUGAACUCUUUUUUCACCCAAGUGUCCAUUUCAUCCUGUCAGCUUUUACUGGAGAAGCUGUGUACAUACUGUAGUAGUGAUGUAAAAAUAAUAAUAAUGAUAAUAAUAAUAAUCCCUGCUUGCUUGUUUAUGUUUUUAUUAUUAAUGAAUUAACCAUAUUUGGACACAUCAUAAAACGUGGCAAUUGCUAUUUGUAUUUCUUUACUAAAAAAGACAAAAAACUGA